UUAUUGUGACCACUGCGUUCAAACAUUGUUAUGAAUAGCAUGGGACAAAGAAAAAACUCCGAGUUCCCACAAGGAAUCGAACUACAGACCUUUGGAUUCUGCACUGUGAAGCUCUACUACUGAGCCAAAGAGACUCCAUGUGUUUGACAGCAUUAAGACCAUGGAGAAAUCUGGUUGCUAAAGGAGUAGCUGAAAGUAUCGGCCCUGAGAGAUCCUUCUACUCAUGGCUCAACUUUGUCUUCAACAGAGUUGAUGAAGAGCGUAUUAAAGAAUUUGGAGCAGACAGGGUAGCAGCUGAAUGGAUACUACGUUGUGGAGGAACUGUCAAAUUUAAGAAUUUUGAAAAGUGGAUCCAGAAUUAUAAUGCCAUACCAGAUGGACCCAAAGGGAAGUUUUCCCUGGAAGCAAUUAGUGCCAAAGGAAUAAGUGUAACCACUGGUGGUCUUCAGCACCUUGUCUUUUGCAGGCUACUCGUAGCAGUUUGUCUAGCUUCCUCAACAGUUUGCUGGUACCCAUUUGUACUUCUAAAAGGGCUGGAAAACUAUGGACUGCAGCACCUAAGACAUCUGAAUGUAAACAGCUGUGUGUAUGUAACCAACAUACAAAAACUUCUUCCUGUGAAAGGAAGUUUGGAGGAGCUGGACAUCGGAAACUGUGUUGCAUUAUCAGAUAUAUCACCACUCUUUGAAUUUAAAAAAUUGAGAAAACUUGUCCUCAUUAACAUACCAAGGAUUAAACAGAGAGAAGAAACCAUUGCAACUUUACGGAAGAGACUGCCUGACUGUGUCAUUGAACAGUAACCAGUAACGUGUGAAUAAAACUAGUUCUCAUAAACUAACAUCAAGCAAUUACUUACAAUUCUUAAAAUGGUGAACAAAUUCCUGGGCAAGUAGAAUGAUAUCAAGAAGGAAGGACACACAAGGAACCUUCAUUUUCCUUUUACAAGUGAAGGACAUCAGGGAACUUUGAAGAUUCCUGAAUAUCUUUUGAAAAUUGCUCAUUGUAACCCUUUAACUCCAAGAAGUGAUUAACAAACAACUUCACCCUUUUAUCCAGCAAACAGGAAAUGAGGAAACAUUUCAGGUAGAAGUUGUUUUCCCAAUAUCACACCAAAUUGUAAUUAUAACUUAUAUACAAGGAAAUGUGUACCAGCAAAGAAUUAACAAUCAGAUCUAGGGAAUGGCCAUUUUGUAGUAUUGUAGUAUCUCUUUAGUGCCAUGCAAGAUAUGCAAAACUGUUAAUUUGGUAAUGAUCAGUGCUCUUUUGGUUAGGUUUGUGAAAUGCAUUAGAUUGUGUUGAGAUAUCUUGGGAUACUCUACGAUAAAAUUAAAAAAUUUUUAAUCUA